AUGGCGUCCUUCAACCCAACCCAGAUCUUUGAUGAUGGAACUACAGAGGAGAAAGGAGAGAAUGCCCGUUUAUCGGCGUUUGUUGGUGCGAUCGCCGUGGGAGAUUUAGUGCGUAGUACCCUUGGCCCUAAAGGAAUGGAUAAAAUCCUGCAGAGCGCUUCUACUGGAGAAAUCAUGGUAACCAACGAUGGCGCCACUAUCUUGAAGUCCAUAGCUCUCGACAAUGCAGCAGCAAAGGUCUUGGUCAACAUCUCGAAGGUCCAGGAUGACGAAGUCGGAGAUGGAACUACAUCAGUCACAGUCUUGGCUGCCGAAUUAUUACGGGAGGCAGAGAAGUUGGUAGACAAGAAGAUUCACCCACAGACGAUUAUCGAAGGCUACAGAAUAGCCAGCCAUGCGGCUUUGGCAGCACUUGAGAAAUCUGCGGUCGACCACAGCAACAACACCGAAGCAUUCAAGAAAGACUUGUUAGCUAUUGCGAGGACGACCUUGAGCUCGAAAGUCCUGUCGCAAGACCGAAAUCACUUCGCUGAGCUUGCGUGUAAUGCUGUCUUAAGAAUGAAGGGUUCUUCAGACUUGAGCCACAUCCAGAUCAUUAAGAAAGCCGGCGGAAAGCUUAUAGACUCAUAUCUGGAUGAGGGUUUCAUUCUGGACAAAAAGAUUGGUGUCAACCAGCCCAAGAGAUUGGAGAAGGCCAAGAUCCUGAUUGCCAAUACCGCCAUGGACACGGACAAGAUCAAGAUUUUUGGUGCUCGUGUCAAAGUGGGAUCUACUGGCAAGCUCGCAGAGUUAGAGAAGGCAGAGAAAGAUAAGAUGAAGGCUAAAGUGGAGAAGAUCAAGGCCCACGGCAUCAACUGCUUCAUCAACCGCCAGCUUAUCUACAACUGGCCUGAACAACUGUUCUCAGAUGCCGGUAUUAUGUCGAUCGAGCAUGCUGAUUUCGAUGGUAUUGAGCGGCUGGCCUUGGUCACUGGAGGCGAUAUCACGUCCACAUUUGAUCAUCCAGACCAAGUUAAGCUUGGACAUUGUGAUCUUAUUGAAGAGGUGAUCAUUGGCGAGGAUACACUGAUCAAGUUCUCGGGAGUGGCAGCGGGUCAAGCUUGUACUAUUGUCUUGCGUGGAGCAACUGAGCAACUUCUUGACGAAGCCGAAAGAUCCCUGCAUGAUGCUCUUGCAGUUUUAUCGCAAACUGUCAAGGAGCCCAGAACAACUCUAGGUGGGGGAUGUGCAGAGAUGCUUAUGGCAAAGGCGGUGGAGGGAGCGGCAUUGAAGGUUGACGGGAAGAAGCAAAUUGCUGUUGGAUCGUUCGCCAUUGCUCUUAGACAAUUGCCAACCAUCCUCGCUGACAAUGCUGGCUAUGACUCCAGCGAUCUUGUUGCUAAACUCCGUACAGCCAUAUACGACGGUAUGACGACUUAUGGUUUGGACUUGCUUACACCAGGAGGCGGUAUUGCAGAUAUGCGGGAGUUGGGAGUUAUCGAGAGUUACAAGCUUAAGAAGGCGGUCGUCUCAUCGGCUUCGGAGGCUGCAGAAGUAAGUAACCUGAUCCUCCCACAUGUUUACUUUUGCUGAUAAGUGAAGCUUCUC